AGAGAAACAAGAGCACAAACGUCCUUUUCUGUCAUUUUAUGUUGUCGGACCACCGCGGACGAAACUCACAGUAUCCGAAAUGUCUCCAGAUUUCUGUGCUGAAUCAUCUCUGAAGAAGCGGAGUUCGCAUGAAAACACAGACUGAAACAUCAACAGCGGUGGGGGCAUUUUUUUUUUCGCCGAGCUAGUUUUUAACAGUGUUUUUUGUCGUCCUUUCGUUAGCUUUAGCUCUGUUUUAUGCGAGCGAAGACACUAAAGCAAUGGCGUUCUUCGUGAAAAAGAAGAAAUUCAAGUUUCAGACCCAGCUGACCCUGGAGGAGCUCACCGCUGUGCCUUUUGUCAACGGAGUUUUGUUCUGCAAGCUGCGGCUGCUGGACGGAGACUUUGUCGCGACGUCUUCCAGAGAGGAGGUUCAAGAGAACUGUGUUCGCUGGAGGAAGAGGUUUACCUUUGUGUCUAAAAUGAGUGCCAACCCCCACACCGGAGUCCUGGAUCCGUCUGUCUGCAGGGUGUCAGUCAGGAAGGAACUCAAAGGAGGAAAAGCAUAUACGAAGCUGGGCUUCACAGACCUCAACAUGGCGGAGUUUGCGGGUUCUGGCUCCACUGUGCGCUGCUGUCUGCUGGAGGGAUACGACACCAAGAACACACGGCAGGACAACUCCAUACUGAAGGUGAUCAUCGGGAUGACCCUCCUGUCUGGAGAUCCGUGUUUUAAAACGGCUCCCAGCAUAGCAAAGUCCAUCUCCAUCCCAGGACGAGAACACACCCUGCAGCUGGACUGUAAGGGGGAGGGAACGGCCGAGCCCGGGCCGGCUGGAGGGGUUUCUCUGGGACGAGCCGCAAAGCCUCGACCCUCCAUCAUCAGCUCAGGUCUCCUUGAAGAAUCAGAAGUGAACCAGCCCGGUCCUGCAGAUGUCUUCCAGUCUGGUCACUCCCGUAACUCCAGCUACGCCAGCCAGCACAGCAAAAUCUCAGGCUACAGCACCGAGCACUCCUGCUCCUCCAGCCUGUCAGACCUCACGCAUCGCAGGAACACCUCGACAGGAAGCAGCACCUCUGGGGGUUUGGGCUUCACUGCUGACACACCUACGGAGGGCGACAAGGACGCCGGACGUCCUGAAAGGCCCCCUCGACCCCCGCGGCCUGUCUUACCUCCUAACAGGCCUCCCAGGAGGAAGCAGGACUCUGUGGAGAGUCACCCCUCUUGGGUAAACGACACUCGCAUGGAUGCUGACGACAUUGUGGAGAAAAUCGUCCAAAGCCAAAACUUUGCAGAUAUCAACAACACUGAAGACAGCAACCUGCGUCUGUUCGUCAGCAGAGAUGGAACCACUGCGCUCAGCGGCAUCAGGCUUGGAAACAGGGUGUCUGCAGGUGGGUAUGAGCCUGUGGUGAUAGAGAGCCAUUAAGCCGAGACCGGCAGGAGGGACGACGUGUCCUGUUGUCUCGUCUUCUGUCUCGCUGGUUUUCCUGGAGCUUCAGCCGGUCUGAUGCCGUGAGGGGAAAACCUUGUCAGUUUGCACUUUAUGUGACGUUUGUGGCAGUCUGCACUCCGUUCAGCUGUGUUUGUGAUGCUGAGAGCGACUCAGAGUGAAAGCACCAGUGCACAAACCGUUUCUCACACUGCCUUGUGGUGCAUUCACCUGCCUCUGUGUUGCAGGAACAACAUUUUGGAUGGGGACUUAAAGAAGUCCAGAGACUUCAGGAGAUCACACCGAUUAGCAAUUUCACCUGUUCAGUCCUGAAAUGAUCCAAAAUCAUCCAUGUGUCCCCAGUUCACUGUUACAGAUGUUCUCUAUACUAACACUGCUGGUAGUUGGUGACAAAUAUUAUCCAAAGUAAGAGGAAGGAAACAUAGUGUUUAAACUUACCGAAGCUCUUAUUUUAAUGUCUGAGAUAAUGCUAAUGCAUCAUGAGUCUUUCCUCAAUCCUAACCGCAUACAGUGUGUCACUUACUGUAUAGUAUGUGUCUGAGUUUGCUGGUAGAAUACCAAAAAAAAAAACAGACAUCAAUGAAACUGCCGUGCUAGAAUGAAAAACUAGCAUGAAGCACAGCAGGGUCCGGUUAGGGUCAGAUUUAAUGAAAAGCUAUAAGAGUUAAGCUCUUAUUUCAGUGACUGUCCAUGAUAUACCUUCAGGACCUUCGCCCAGGAAAGACUACAGUACAGUCCACAUGCGUUGACCACAUGAGUUCUCUGUCUUCAGUCCAUAAGCACAUUUAAGCCAAAUGUUUAGGUUUAAGUCAUUAUCAGCACAGGUCAUUUUUCAUUUCUUCUCAGGCACUUCCUCAAAUCUGCUCCACAGUUCUUAUCAAACUAAACAUUAAACACAUGCAGUGCACAUAUCACACCAACUGACUGAAUUCAUCUAGUGCCUCAGAAGGGACAAGAAGUGUGAACUUCUGUGGAGAACAUCUUGUGUUUGAGUAAUGACACCACAUUAAAGCCAGGGAGAGACUGGGAGAAAUGUCUAACUGCUAUCAACACUGUCAGUGACAGGAAGUAACUGAGGCUCAGCUGUCUGCCACUGCAGGCUUAAGGUACUACAUCUUUACUGGGGAUGCAUGGAUGAUAAUGCUUUUCAUGGUUACAACCCGGCAAGUUUAUUCUAAACUUGACUUAUUCCUCUAAUAUCAUAAAACAUUUGACCCACAGCUCCUGCAGUACGAUAAGUUCAUCUGUACCAGCAAUUCUUUUGUUGUGUACUUGAUUCCUUGUAACUUAAAGUGUAAAAGUCACAGAUAUUUAGGUUUCACUGGAGAUUCAGUCGAUUAUUUUUUAACAUGUCUGUAACAUGUGUUUUUUUUCUCCCCUCACCACUUGUUGAAAAUUAAUCUGACACAUUUUUGUUGCUACAAACUGCCUGAAAUGCAAAUCAAGGCUGUAACUGGCUCAUAUGUUUUAAGGUAUAUGUGAUGCGAAUCAGGAGGGAAAAGUUUCCACCUUUAAAACGUCUAAACCAACAGCCCAAUGAGGGGCCCAACAGCAAAAAUGUGAUGAAAUGACUUUCUAUGCAGCCUAGACAUGCACUGCAUAACAGAAAGCCCUAUAUUCAACUUCCACUGACAGGCAACACAUCCAACACUGAACAUGAUCAAGAGUUUAGAAAACCACCGAGCAGCCGUGAAGGUGCAGGAACUCUGAGCCGCCUCAGCUGAUUUCUUUUUGUUUGAAGUUGUUGCUGUUCUCUGUUGAUCAGGGAAACGCAGCAGAACCACUUUGUGCCUGUAAACUUUCUCUCGAAUGACCCGAAAGCGCCGCAGUGUCCAUGAUAACAGAGUGCUUGUGAUGGUGAGGAGAGAACUGUUGUGUCCUGUUAUUGUGUCUUUGUUCUGUUUCUUUUUGUGUCAGUCAUGUUGUAACUUGCAGGUGGAGCCAUUUUGGAAAUCCCUCUGUUACUCACUGCAUGUGUACUACUGCUGCCCUGUUGCUCCAUCUCCAUGAAGGAUUAAUUGUAUGAAAUUUUAGUUCUCCUCUCUCCUCAGCCAUCAGACGUUAAAAACAAAAUGUGAGGUCAGCUGAAAACACUAGUUCUGUGGUACAAACUGUUCUGGUUUUGCUGUGUCCAGUUGAAGGAGUUAUUUCCAUGCAGAGGGAUUCCUGCAGCGCUCGCGACUGUAAAAGUCUUUGUUGCCCCCUGGUGGAGCAACGGCCUGCUGUCGGGUUUCUGCAUGGGCCCUUUGGUGCUUACGAGUAUGUUUAGUUGGAGUAAGGCUGGUUUGUUUACAGCUGUCAUCAGAAGAACAAACACCAAAGAGGCACCAAAAAGGACGAGUUUCUGUAGCUCCGACAGACACAGAAGAAGAAGUGUUGGCAUCCAGCUGGCUGGUUGGCACUUUGCUUUGUUUUUUUAGUUUUAUAAGUAGGUUUUCUGUUUGGAGUUUGAGCUCUGCAAACGUUCCCACUUCAGGACGGAACAAGAAGGAUCGAAUGUUGUGCAGAGUCUUAAAAUCACAUUUUUGGUAAAAAAGGUGAAAAAAGUUGUCGUCCUGAGAAAUAAUGCUCAUUUUUUCCGAUUUAGGUCAUUUUUAUGUCACUGAUCUUGUGAAUUUAGCUAAAUAACAUGGAUGCUAUGUUUCAGGGUUGCAACAAAUGCAAACCUGCCUUGUCGAUUUAGUCUGGCAAUAAUGUACUCGAUGAAUCAUUAAGUCGAUUAAUUGUUUAGACAAAAAAAUGUCCGAAAAUAGUCAAAAUAUCUUGUUUUGUAUGACCAAGAGCCCCAAACCAAAAUAUAUUCAAUUUCAAAUGAUAUCAAACUGAGAAAAGCAGCAAAUCCUCAACCCUGACAAUCUGGAACCAGCAAAUGACAGACAUUCAUGUAUGACAUAUAACUGAUUAAUCAACGAUCUGUUGAACUACUACUCAGGUACUCGUUUCGGCCCUAAUUAGUUAGAACAAAAACAGUGAUCCUUGACAGAAUAUUUUCCCUUGUUUACAGUGAAAAUCUGCUUUUAAGACUCUUUAUCAGCAAACUUGCUUGUACGGACGUUAUUUUUCCAGUGAAGCUGCAGUUUUCCGGCUUGUGGCUUCACAUCUUCAUCACACUACGCUGGUUGAAUCCAGCUCAUUAGAUAUGUUGAAUGACUUCACACUACCCGCGCUGUUUGUGUUUUGCAGCUGUAUGUUUAUUAAUCACAUUAUUCUCACAUUUGGGGAUGAACCACUGUUGUUAUAGUCUGAAUUUGGGUUUACAUCACCACAGCCUCUAGUAUUCUUUUAAAGCAUUUAUUUAUAUAUUUUUUGUUCUUAAUUCUUUUAUUUUUUGCCUGGAGGUUGGUCAUAAGCUAUGCACACAACUCACCUCCCUGAGCUUUUUUUUUCUAUUAGUAAUUCUAACAAAUUAUUCUAUUGUAACAAAGCUAGUAUAACCUAAAUUUAUAGAGAAUCAUGUUGGAACGGUUCUUCCAGUUACCACGUAGUUACUACGACCUUUUUUGUGGUAUUUCUGCAGAAAUGACAAUAA